AAAUAUAAGUCCAGCAGUUGAAAGAAUCAAAUCAUCAUCAUAAGCAGAUGACUGAGACUCUUCAUUUCAUCAUGAUGUGGCUUGUUUUGCUCUUCUGCAGCGCCGCUUUAGCCCAGGAUGUCACCAUCGGGACUGUAGUGGAGAGAUGUAGUCCUGACAUGUGUGAUCUCCUGAAACAGUUUGGUGCCAUGUCAGAGAAACUCAGCGCUAUGGAGACAAAGCUACAGGACAGUGACACCAGGCUGAGGGACAGUGAGAAUAGACUACAGAACAGCGAGGCCAGGCUGAGGGACAGUGAGAAUAGACUACAGGCCAGCGAGGCAAAGAUCCUGGAGCUCAAGAACAAAGAAAAUACCAGGGUGAUGUUCAGCGCAGCAUCCGGAACACCGAAUGCAGCGGUCGGACCUUUCGACACAGCCACAACUUUAAUCUACAAAAGAGUAAUUACAAACAUCGGCAACGCCUACAAUUCAACCACAGGUAUCUUCACUGCACCUGUUGCAGGUGUAUAUUACUUCACCUUCUUUUAUCAUGCUGGAGGGGAACACCAAGUAUUUCUUGCCCUCUACAAGAACUCUCAAAUGAUUGUUGACAGCACUGAUCAUGCAUCAAGUGCUGACACUGCUGAUAACGGAGGAAAUGCUGUGAUCUUGCAACUGCAACAAGGAGAUCAGAUGUUCAUGCGUAUGGAACCAAAUACACAUAUUUGGGGAAAUAAUCAUGUUACAACUUUCAGUGGUUAUUUAAUCACUGCAAUGUAAGGAUCAAUAAAAGGUUCUCUCUUC